AUGAAGACAGUGCGUCUAACCGGAAGUAGCUAUUUAACGUUAGGAACAAAACAGCAAGGAUCGGUGUUUGCUAUUGCUAGGUGGUCAAACAACCUGCCUAGGACCAACAUCGAUCACUUGAACAAGGAGGAAAUUGAUGCACUUAAGAAAGUUUUUUCUAAGAUGGAAGAAUUCGAGCACGAAGAAUCCGAAAGAAUAAGACAACUCGAAGAAAAAGUGAGAAAAUAUGAAGAAAUGGUGAAGAGUGAAACAGCGAAUCGCGGGAAUGCCCUGAAACAAAAUGACAUCAGGUUGUGUCGUCUCUGCUUCGUCAACAGAUUCCCAGACGGCAUAGGUCGUGUCUGUGUUUCGUGUCAUCGCAGGGUUUGCAACGAUUGCGGUUCGCUCAGCAAGUCCAAAUCUUCUCUCGCUGCUACUACCUCCGUCAGUAGUUUUAACAAGACGCAAAAAGUGUUGGAAAUCAUAAAAAACUACGCUUUUCAGAUUCUCUUGAUGAGUCGAUGA